AUGAUACUUUCCCAGAUUCUAUUCCAUCACUAUCUCACACACACUGCAAAUACUCCUUCUGUAGAGAAGUCAUCUGCUCCACAACCUUCUCAUGCACAUGAUACUCCUGCAGAUUACUCUUUCUUCACUCUCACUAAAGGCUCAUCAUUCACUGUUUUGCUAGUUUAUGUGGACGACAUUUUGCUCACAGGGAAUGAUCCUAAGUGUAUUCAUGAAUUGAAGAUUUUUCUUGAUGCUAAGUUUGGUCUAAAAGACUUAGGUUCUCUAAAGUGUUUCUUGGGGCUUGAGGUAGCAAGAAGUGACAAGGGAAUCAGUCUAAACCAGAGAAAGUAUGCUUUGGAAAUUCUUCAAGAUACUGGUCAUUUGGGAUCUAGACCAGUUAAAACACCUAUGGAGCAAAACUUGCAUCUUUCAAAGGAUCAAGGAAAGUUGCUGCCAGAUGCAAACCAGUACAAGAGGUUAAUAGGGAGAUUGUUAUAUCUGACCUUAACUAGACCAGACAUCACAUACGCUGUACAUAGAUUGAGUCAAUUUUUGGCUGAACCAAGAGAACCUCACAUGCAAGCAGUCAACAGAAUUCUUCAGUACAUAAAAGGCACACCUAGCAGAGGUUUAUUUUUUGCUAGAAACUUAAAUUUGCAGGUAAAAGCAUUUUGUGAUGCAGAUUGGGCAGGCUGCCCUGAUAUAAGGAAAUCUUUAACAAGUUAUAGUGUCUUUCUAGGUGAUUCUCUAAUCUCUUGGAGAUCAAAAAAACAAUGCACUGUCUCUAGAUCUUCAGCAGAGGCAGAAUAUAGAGCAAUGGCUACCACAACAUGUGAAAUUGUUUGGGUUCUUCAGUUGCUAAGGGAUUUGAAGGUUGAUCAUCCUAAGAGUGCUCAGUUAUUCUAUGAUAAUCAAGCUGCACUACAUAUUGCAGCUAACCCGGUUUUCCAUGAGAGAACGAAGCAUAUUAAAGUCAAUUGUCAUCUGGUCAGAGAUAAGAUAACAGAGGGUGUGAUCAAAACUUUCCAUGUUACAAGUCAAUUUCAAAUUGCAGACAUUUUCACAAAGGCAUUGGGGCUUCUAGCUUUUUCCAGGUCGGUGAAUUGCUUGGGGUUGUUGUCUCAAGCCUAUUGA